AUGAGCUCCUACAAAUCACUGUCUUUGGUGCACACUAAACUCAGGCGGCCCCGCCCGGGCAGGACUGCAGCCCCGGGCGAGGCGCCCGCGGCGGAGAGCGGCCCCUGCGGUGCGCGGCGCCCGCGCGGGCCGGGCCUCGGGGACCUGGAGCCCGGCUUGCCCGCCCCCGGGCGCAGGGCGGAGGCGAGGGGGCUGUGGGAGGACCUGAGGGGCGCGGCGGGGCCCGAGAUGGGCCUGUCCCGGGGCCCCCAGCAAGAGCGGCCGCAGGAGGAGGCGGCGGCGGCCGGACACGAGUUCCAGCUGCCAAAUGAGAGGAGCUUCCAGCAUGCUGCUAAAAGCAAUAAUUUGUAUCUUACGGAGAAGCUGUUUGAAAAGAAGGUUAAUAUUAAUGCUGUGAACAAUAUGAACCACAUAGUCUUGCAUUUUGCAGUGGGGACAAAUCGUUUAUCUGCUGUGGAUUUCUUGCUUAAUCACAAGGUCAGGGUGGAUACUGCUGAUAAGCAUGGCUUGACACUUCUUCACCUUGCAGCCUGGUCUGGAAGUCUCGAGAGCGUGCUCAUGUUGGUUAGAGCUGGAGUGGACCAGAGAGCCGAGAGGCAGGAUGGAGUGAAUGCCCUUCACUUUGUAGCUCAGAGCGAUAACAUGCACAUCGUGGACCACCUCAUUCAAGAUCUGUACCUGGAAGACCUGGACCAGCCUGAUGAGAAGGGAAGAAAACCAUUUCUUUUGGAGGCAGAGAGGGGCCACAUCGAAAUGAUAGAAAAACUUUUCUUCCUUAAUCUGCAUACUACAGAAAAGGACAAGGAGGGGAGCCCAGCCCUGCACCUCGAAGCAAAGCGUGGGCACAACCCUGUGGUCCUGAUGCUCACCCAGUCACCAGAAAUAGAUGAGGUCAGUGAGAUCAAUAUCAGUGCAACCCAGAAUGGCCGUGCAUCACUUGUCAGCUUUCUUCUCAGUGAGAACGUUGAUCUGCACCAGAAGAUGGAACCGAAGGUGUCCCCUCUUCAUUUAGCUGUUCUCAACAACCAUGUCACAGUGGUGAACAGCUUAUUAAGUGCACGGCAUGACGCUGAUAUCUUAAAUCUGAGGCUGCAGACUCCUUUGCAUGUAGUUGCUGAUCUUGGAAAUGUGGAACUUGUGGAAACCCUGCUGAAGGCUGGCUGUAACUUGAAGAUUGUUGACAAGCAAGGGAAGACUGCCCUGGCUGUGGCCGCAAGGAGCAGCCGCAGCCUCUGCAUGGACGUGCUCAUCAAAGCUGAGAGGCACUAUGCCUAGAGAGACUGGCCAGGGCCCUGUGAGUGUGGUUUCACGCCUCUCGUCCUGUGCUGUUCCGUCCGUGGCGUGACCAGCUGCAUCUCCUCCUCUCCAUCCUGUGUUAGUCGCAGUGGUGGGAGCAGAAGAGGAGGGCUCAGUGGGGCCAAGCAGGCCCGUCUACGCUGCUGGCUGUGCCUGCCGUCACAGUCUCUGGCUAGAUAUGGUUCCUUCUGGAAGUUCCCAGACUCCCAUUCUACUAAGUGGUCAGGUGUCAUUCGGAUGGCUUCCGUUCACAAAGUCCAGAUGCUAGAGAAAGGUCUUGCCGUGCCCCUCCGCCAAGUUUUCUGGGAGUUUUUGUGGACCUUCCGGAGGAGGCCAAGGCACCCCCGUGUGUUUCCUCAGAAGUGGCGAGCAGGCUGGGGUAGAGGCGCGGGACACAGCGUGGCAAAAGGCCUCACGCUUCCUGAGAGCAGAGUGAGAACGUCAAGGGACACAUCAACCCGCUCUACUCUGACGUUCAGGCAGGAUCACAGCCUGGAGACCAGGCACAUUCGCCGUCUGCUCCGGCACCCGGCUUACUGUCAGCUGAAGGCCAAUGAGCGGCAGAGGCUGGCCCGUUCGCGGAACUUUACACACGCCCAGAGGGGUGCCUCCUUGAGCCGAAGAACCAGUGAAGGAAGGGCUUUCAUGCACUGGGCUUCCUAUCUCACAGCUGCCAGAGGGGGAAUGAACCUGCAACCACAGCUAUGUGGAAAUCGAGUCAGAACUGAGUUCCCCGGAAGCAGGCGUCAGCAUCUGCCCUUUGUGCUUGGCUCAGGUAAGGAGAGCUUCUGCGAACACGGCCACAGGGCUCUGCUCACUCGGCUGCACGGGGCCCUGGCGACCCAGGCCACGCCGGUCAAGCUCCUACCUGUAUAA